AUGUCGUUCAAGCUCUUGACGGGCGACCUCAUCCGCCUCGUCGAGACUCCGCACGAGAAAAUCGCCGAGCAGCUCGAGAGCGUCGGCGGACUGGACGGCGUAGCAGCCGCGCUUCGGGUGGACCUCCGCCAAGGCCUAGACGCCAAAGAUGCCGCCGACCUCCGCAACCGCGAGGACUUUUUCGGCAAGAACUACAUCCCUCCGCCCAAGGCCAAGGGCUUCCUGGAGCUCAUGUGGGACGCGUUCCAGGACAUCACCAUCAUCAUCUUGACCAUUUCGGGCAUCUUCUCCAUCGUCCUGUCCUCCACUGUGGGUGACCAUAAGGAGACGGGGUGGGUCGAGGGAGCGUGCAUCAUCCUGGCGGUGGUGGUGGUCGCCCUCGUGACGGCAGUCAACGACUACCAGAAGGAGCAGCAGUUCCGGUCCCUAAACGCGGUGAAGGAGGACGAGAAGAUCAAGGUCAUCCGCAACGGAGCUCCGACAGAGGUGAGAAAGUGGAACCUGCUGGUUGGAGACAUCGUCCGUGUAGAUCUGGGCGACAUCAUCCCGGCGGACGGCAUGGUGUUCGACGAGAAGGAGCUCAAGAUGGACGAGAGCGCCAUGACCGGAGAGUCCGAUCUGCUCACCAAGAACCGCGAGAACCCCUUCCUCUUGUCAGGCACCAAAGUGAUGGAGGGACUCGGCAAGAUGUUGGUGAUCUGCGUCGGUGAGAACUCCCAGGCUGGUGUGAUCAAGAGUCUGAUCAAUGGAACGCGUACCACUACGAGCAAGAAGAGUGAGGCCAAGGAUGCAAAGUCUGGUGCAGAUGAUGGGAAGCAGGAUCCGGAUGAUAUUUACUCUCCAUUGGAAGGGAAGCUCUACAACCUGACCAUUUUGAUCGGCAAACUCGGCACUAUUGUGGCUCUGUUGGUCUUUGUCAUCAUGUCCAUCCGCUUCUCCAUCGACACGUUCGCUAUCGACGACAAACCCUGGAAGAAUGGCUACAUCAGCGACUAUUUGGGCUUCUUCAUCAUUGCAAUCACUGUGCUCGUCGUGGCCAUCCCCGAAGGUCUCCCACUCGCUGUCACAAUCGCUCUCGCUUACUCGGUCAAGAAGAUGCUGGUGGAUAACAAUCUCGUUCGACACCUCGAUGCGUGCGAGACGAUGGGCAGUGCCACGACUAUUUGUUCCGACAAGACUGGCACGCUGACGACUAACCGGAUGACAGUCAUGAAGGUUUGGAUUGGAGACACAGAAUUCUCCUCCGCAGCCGAAAGUAUGAACUCUCUAAGUGACGACAUGAAGGAGGCCCUUUGCCACGGUAUUGCCAUCAACUCCACCGCUGAGAUCUUGCCGCCGAAGGUGGAGAACGGGCUACCGGAACACACUGGCAACAAGACGGAGUGUGCCUUGCUCCAGUACAUCCGAGACGGUGGCGUGGAGUACACUGACAUUCGUGCCAAUAACGAGAUCGUGCACAUGUUGACGUUCAGCAGCGCCAAGAAGCGCAUGUCAGUGGUGGUUAGUCGCGGAGCUUCCAAGUGCCGAGUAUACACGAAGGGCGCUACCGAAGUUGUCCUUGGACUGUGUGAGCAGCUUCAGCGAGUGGAUGGGUCCAUUGAGGCUCUGAGUAGCGCGCGCAAGACUGAUAUUGGGGCGACUGUGAUUGAGAAGUACGCGUCGCAGGGGUAUCGCACUCUGUGUCUUUCGUACCGCGACUUGGACGUGCCAGCUGAGGAGCUGAACAACUGGGCUGACGACGACGUGGAGAAGGAGCUGACGUGCGUCGCCAUUGUGGGCAUUGAAGACCCCGUGAGACCGGAGGUGCCGGACGCCAUUCAGCACUGCAAGCGAGCUGGGAUCACAGUGCGUAUGGUGACCGGAGACAACAUCACCACUGCUCGAUCCAUUGCAGGAAAAUGCGGCAUUAUCUCAUCGGGCGAUGGAUCCUUGGUCAUGGACGGACAAACGUUCCGCUCCAAAGUGCUCGACCAUCAAGGCAACAUCAUUCAGUCGCAGUUCGACCAGAUCUGGCCGAUGCUUCGUGUACUCGCGCGGUCGUCUCCAAAGGACAAGUACACGCUAGUUACUGGCCUAAUGCAGAGCAACCUAACGCCUCACGGUCCUCAGGUCGUGGCUGUGACUGGAGAUGGCACAAAUGACGCACCAGCGUUGAAGAAAGCCAACGUCGGCUUUGCGAUGGGGAUCAGCGGCACUGCAGUCUCUAAAGAUGCGUCGGACAUUAUCCUCAUGGACGACAACUUCAACUCGAUUGUCAACGCGAUCAAGUGGGGCCGCAACGUGUACGACUCGAUCUCCAAGUUCCUGCAGUUCCAGCUGACGGUGAACGUCGUGGCUAUCAUGCUCGCCUUCAUCGGCGCCGUCGCCUUGGAGCAGUCUCCUCUGUCUGCCGUGCAGAUGCUGUGGCCCACUCAGGCUCUGCUGGAGCGCAAGCCGUAUCCGAAGACGCAGCCGUUGAUCUCCAAGAAGAUGACGAAGCACAUUCUGGGCCAAUCCGUUUUCCAGCUCGUGCUGCUCUUGGCAAUUGUGUUCACUGGUGAAAAGUGGUUCGGUGUUCCCUCUGGCCGCGUGGACGACUUGGAGGAGGACCACAAGGACGACUCGACCGUGCACAUGACGAUCGUCUUCAAUACGUUUGUGUGGAUGCAGCUGUUCAACGAGCUCAACUGCAGGAAGAUCCACGAUGAGGUCAACAUUUUCACGGGCAUCACCAAGAACCGUGUGUUCCUCUAUGUGUGCGUCCUCCAGGUUGCGAUGCAGGUGGUCAUGGUGCAGUUUACGGGCGACUGGUUCAACUGCACACCGCUGAAUGUUGGUCAAUGGUUCGCCUGCAUUGGAAUGGGCUUCAUCUCGCUCCCUCUCGGUCUGCUACUACGCUCCAUCUCGACGAAGAACGCGCCCAACUGGAUGGCCAUGUGCCGGGAUGCGGAUACCGAAGAAGUACGCGAGGUGACUAACGGACGUGGUCAUCAGCUCUGGCUGCGCAGCUUUGCACUGAUCCGAGCUCACCUACGCGUGGUUAAGGCAUUCAAGAAGGGACUAGAGACGAAGGCACUUCUGAAGGCGUAG